AAACAAACCGGAAGACAACUAGAGAAGCGGGAUAAUUGUAAACAGCGGUGUUGUCUUGCUAUCGCUAACAUUUAGUCACAUGUGUUUAAUGACUAUUUGUAAUUGUUCAUUGAUUAUUACCACUCUUUAGUAAUAAACAAUUACAAAGAGUGCAACAAAAAAAGAGGGUGGCUCGCUGUUUGUUUCUAUGACGUCGGAAAUACUAUACGUUACCAACAGUUAGUAGCUGGUAACAAUAACAAACAUGGAGAACCAAAACAUCGUUCUGAGGCGGCCAAGGAAGAAACUGUGCUACCCCACAAAGAAUAAAAGUGUGCCUGUAUAUUCAAACAGAACCGUAACAUUGGAUGAUGUUGACAGAAUGUUUGAUGACAUACAUCCGCCUACCCCUGUCGAUAGUCUGCUCACCACAUUUACUCCUCACAAGGACUUUGAUGCUGAGAUACAGGACAGUGGUGGGACUUCACCAGUUUUAGAGAUAACACCUGCUCCUAAGGUCUCUGUAGAAGAUCUCUUCAUUUUGGAAACAGAGCCAUCCACACACAAACUCUGCGCUGAUUUUACAGUGCAUAAACCAAUUCAGACAUCCAGUCCUAAAGAAAAAGAAGCUGUUCAACAGGAAGACAAUGCCUGCAAUAUAGAAGAAAGGCUGACACUUAAUCUACAGAAAGAUCUGCUAAAUAAUCACUCUGAGCUGCCCUCGGCUCCAAGCAAGUUGGCGUUAGGAAAACCAAAAGGAAAAGCCAAAAACCUGGUGGAUAAAUCAUGCAGUAAAACAAACCGUACAGUAGAAGAAAAAACACAGGUGCCUGUUGUUGUUGGAAAAGACAAAAAAAUAAGGGAACAAAACACAACAGAACAUGUUUCACCAGUGACACAGGAGUCUGAAGUUGAUUCUCCAGAGGAGCAGUCAAAAAGUGUUUAUAACAGUUCACUGGCAUCAGCCUCCACAAGAGACUCGCGUGUUUUCCUGCAGAAGCUGAAAGUUGCAAGAGAGCUCAAACCUGCAACGACACACAUCAAAGUCCCUCCUCCACCUCCUCCUAUUUCAGACCAAGAGGAUGAUUUCCUAAUUUUAGAAGAUGAAGUACCAUACUAUUUCACCAUCCCAGGUAGUGCUACCAUCUAUGACAGACAGAAGCUGAAUAAAGUUUCAAGUACGGAAAAAGUUAAUUCACCUAAAAAAGGAACAAAGGCGCGUCCACAACUAACUUCACACAAAGAGAAGAUGCCCGUUAAACAACAAAUGAGGAGGAAGAACGUUAGGGAAAAGAAGACUGAAGUGACAGGGCCUGAAACUGUUGAAGAGGAGUUCUCCAGUCAUGUUGAUGCUCCUGCAGGGGACACAGGGGGGAACGAGGAACCAAUCAAAAAGAAAAAAAACAAAAGGUUUUCAUCAAAUGUGAGUGACAAGCCAGAGGAGCAACACAAAGACACCGCCAGCAGAGAGACAAAAAGCAAAACUAUUUCUCACCGAGGGAAAAAUAAAAUGUUAUCCAAGGGAUCAAAGUUUUCAUCAAAGGAGUUUGAAGCAAGUGUCAAAAAAAGGAGGGUUAAGUCUUCAAAGGGAGCCGGGAGGACGAGGCCUGGAUCUGGAGGUGAAUUAGAGACUGAGUCUGGAGAGGUUGUGGAGGAGCAAGCUAUAGAUGAGUAUCUGGAUGUUGACAUGCUUCCUGUUGCAGACGAUGAGGUCAUGGAUUCAGUUCAACAGGUAAAAGUUUCAACAGCAAACAUGGACCGACUCAACAAUUCGCCAGUCGGCCCUGAAGAAAGUCCGACUCUCUAUAAGCGGAAAAGAACUCGGAACGGCCCUGUGUGUUUGAGCUACUCAGACGACAACACAGAGGAAUUCCAAGCUAGAGGCAACCCACGGACACUCAAGAAGUCCAAACUGCAGAGCAAAGAGUCAGACGCAACAGAACCUUCGCCUGUGCCAGUGGAGGACAUUAAAUCAAAGAAAAUAAAUCAGAAACAGACUGAGCUGUUCCCCAGUCACCGCAUGGUGGAUAGAAAGGGAAAAAAAACAAAAAAGAAAACUGCAAAAAAUAACAAGAAAAACCAGAAGAAAGAUGAAGAUAAGCAGCAGCAGGAGUUCCUGGAUCGAGACCCAGACUCUGUUGAGUCCAGUCCUUUGGUCUUUACACAUAGUAACAACAGCUUUGUCUCAGGUGACCACAUAUUUCCUAGAGUUUAUCCUCCUGAGAAACCAUCCUUCAGAGCAGCUCCAGUUUCUCCCAAAAGACAUCCAGUCGAACUCAUCACAGCAGAUUUGGGAAAACGGAGGAGGAAACCUCCGGGUAUGUGGUGGACAGUUAAUAGUGAGUCUGAGGAACUGGAGACUGUCUCCUCACAACAGCAGCAGACGAUGGACAAGAAGCCCAGACCUGUUAAGGAAAGAACAAGAAAACAAGAAAAAAAGAACAAGAAAAAACCAAGCAGACCGCCUGGACCUCAAACCCCCCCAAAAAUCAGCACGCCAGUCCGGCUGCAAUCACCAGAGGGAGCUCACGUGUCUCUUCUUAAACAGAAGACCAAGUCUGCAUCAAGGACAAUCAAACGUACAAUGGCCAAAUUCAAAGAUAUUUUCACAUCCAUGCCAGAGACGUCAGGCAUAAGCAGCAGAAGAGAAGCAGAACAGAAUGAUGGAAGUUCUGUUACUGUCACUGGAAAUCACACCCAAAUGGAAAAAGAGUUCCUGAGCACAGAUGCCACAGAAAUAAAGAGCACACUUGUCAGCCCCAUUCAGCUAGAAGAUCCUCAGGACAGCAGGUGUCAACCAGGGGAUGUGUCUAAGGGCAUUAGAAGCGGACCAUCAUCUUUAAUUGUGCUGCAGAGUUUUGAAAAGAACGACGACACAGGCGUAGCUUCUGCCGGUGAACGCGCUGUGUUGUGUGUGUCAGACAUCUGUGCUCCGCCUCUCAAACCGAUCGUCUUACAGCCAAAGGACAGAGCCACUCUGACGAAUUGGUUUAAAAACCUCUGGUCUUCAACAGUACACGACGGUGUUGAGAUCACUGCAGACGACUUCGACUGGUUCUUCUAUCAGGGCAGUGCCAUGGGCCUCCAGGUGGAUCUGAACUCUGGCUCCAUCUGUAAUGGGAAGAUCCUGCUGGGCUCAUACACCAAGAAGCCUCUGUGGGUGGACCACAGUGCCACAACAGUUUUUAACUUGUUAACAAGCUCUGUGACCGUAACAAUUGAUGGCAGCAAGUCCCAAGUCAGUGCGGGGCAAUCCUUCAUGGUGCAGUGUGGACGUGCCUACAGCUUGCAGAACAACAGUACUCAGCCUGCCAUCCUCUACUUCACCAGGAUUUUAGCAGAAAGUCCAGACUGAAGUCCUUCCCUGGACAUUUUAAACUGCAUUCUGUCCUGGUUCUGGACAUGUUGGACAUGAACUUUGUAUAUAAGCUAACUUUUAAUCCAUUUUGUUUUUACAUCAGCUGUAAAUAGAAGAACAAUGUGGUAGACAAAGAACUACAAAGUGCUGUGUUAAUAAAUGUUGGCAUUUCUUCAUAUAUUAUGCA